UGUCACAUUAUUGUGCUGCCAAAACGUUCCAUAAAAACACGACAAACAUUCAUUCACAUGCUUGUACAGAUAAAAUAUACAGUGCAGACUGAAAUGACUACAUGGUGGCACGGCACAGCACAGCGAGGAGCUGGACUUGGACCCGCAGCCCCGGCACGGCCCGACUGUCAAUCAUUCGCGCCGGCUCAGCCGCUGCUUCGAUCACGUGAUACGAGCAGGGAGCAACAUGGCGGCGGCUCGGCGGCCUGAGGGACCCUGUUCCCACCUCCCGUACCGGUCCCUCUGUCGACCGGCUGCUUGUCACCGUCUUCUGUCGUCGCUGCUGCUGGUGGCGGCGGCGGCGGUGCCACUGGCGGCGCCUGAGACGCUGCACCGCUCGGUGGUGCUGGAUAAACACAGCGGGAGGCUGAAAGUGGUGCAGGGGCUGCGGCGAGAUGGGGUGGCGUGGGCCAACUUCACAGACAACAUCAAAACCACAGGCUGGUCCUACCUUGAGCUUACAACAAAUGGAACAUAUGAUGACAGUAUUCAGGCUUAUGCUGCAGGAGUGGUGGAAGCUGAGGUCACACGGCCAUAUAUUUAUAUGCAUUGGAUGAAUACAUUAUUUCGCUACUGUGGACCCUUUAAAUAUCAGACGGCCUACUGUGACAAGCUUAAAAACUACAUCGAGACUAAUCUGGCAUGGGUAGAAGAAAACCUGGCAGAAAUUCCGCUAGCGAACGACAAUAAAGCAUAUUGGCAUCAGGUACAAUUGGCAUUACUACAGCUGCAAGGACUGGAGGAUGGCUAUAAUGACCAUAUUCUGUUUCCUACUGGAAAAUUAAACAUUCAACCUUAUGGAUUAAUUCUCUUUCAGAUGUCUGGUGACUUGGAAGAUCUAGAAAAUGUAUUUAAUAAAUCAGACAGAUCAAAGAUGUUUGGUUCUGGAUCAUGCUCUGCACUCAUCAAACUAUUGCCAGGCAAUAAAGAACUGCUUGUAUCUCAUGACACCUGGAGCAAUUAUCAGACAAUGCUGAGAAUUAUCAAAAAAUACAAGCUGUCCUUCAAGUCCUUCCCAGGAGGUGAUAUAAUACCAGGAGAGGUGCAGGCUUUUUCAUCAUAUCCGGGGACCAUCUUUUCUGGUGAUGAUUUUUACGUCCUGAGCAGUGGAUUGGUUACACUAGAAACCACAAUAGGUAAUAAUAAUGCACAGUUGUGGAAUUUUGUGAAGCCUGUUGGUUCUGUGAUGGAAUGGUUGAGAAACAUUGUAGCUAAUCGACUUGCGACAAGUGGUGCAGAAUGGGCUGCAAUUUUUAAGAAAUUCAAUAGUGGCACAUACAAUAAUCAAUGGAUGAUUGUGGACUAUAACUUCUUUACACCAGGCCAACUUGAUAUCAACAAGAACUUGUUGACACUUCUGGAACAAAUACCGGGCCAAAUAGUUAUUGCUGAUAAAACAGAUGAGCUGAUGCAGAGUGGUUACUGGGCCAGCUACAACAUACCGUAUUUUGAAGAGAUCUUUAAUGCUAGUGGUAAACUAGCCCUGUUUAAGGAAUACGGAGACUGGUUCAGUUAUAACAAGAGUCCUCGGGCUCUGAUAUUCCAUCGAAAUCAGACCAUGGUCACAGACAUGGAUUCAAUGAUUAAAUUAAUGAGGUAUAAUAACUUUAUGAAUGACUCUCUGUCAAUAUGUCAGCAAUGUGAUCCUAAGCCCAAUGGUGAGAAUUCAAUUUCAGCCCGAUCUGAUCUUAAUCCAGUCAAUGGCAGUUACCCAUUUUCUGCACUAGGACAGCGUUCACAUGGAGGCACAGAUAUGAAGGUUACCUCAUUUGAAUUGCAUAAAGCCUACCAGAUGAUUGCAGUGAGUGGCCCAACAUGGGACGAGGUUCCAGCAUUUCAGUGGAGCAAAUCUCCAUUUAGGAAACUUGUGCACAUGGGACAUCCUGAUCUAUGGAGGUUCCUGCCAGUGAGGGUAGAAUGGAAAUGAAAACCUGGAACAUGUACCUGAUUAAAAACAGUAUUUUAAAUCAGAUCAUGCCACUUAUGUUGAUCUUCUGCCUCAUUUAAAAUAUUAUUGUGUCAACUUGUGUGAGGGAAUGAUUUUAUAUAUCACUUCUGGUGUAACUUUCUCAGAAUAAUUACCAACUUUUACCAAAGUUUUAUUUUGAAUGAAAUCUUGAAAUAUAAUAUACCUGGUAUACUAAGUAUGGUGAUACCACAAGCACACACAUUCAAACUUGCCAGGAUUUAUAAGCUAAUGUAUUUUUAUAGCACAUUAUCUAAGUGAAAAACUAUAUUUUUAAACUUUGAUAGUAAGCAAAGGAAAAUUUCACUUGCAGUAAAGCUACAGUUUUUCCAAAUCAUUGACCUGAUACAGCUGUGCCUCACUUGAGUGAGACAAAUCAGCUACAUCUGCCUGACCUUGGGUUCAGCAGCUAAAACCACCUUUCCCUUCUUGGCUAACAGUCGAAUCAAAUAAUGGUCAAAGUUAGAACUGUUACACAACAGGUAAGAUUGGACACACCUUCCUGUGACUUGUGCUCCCAAAUGACUGAUCACCAAUAUUUUGGGAAACUUCAAAUCCAAUUAGACUGCCAGACUUCAUACCAUCAAUGGUUGUCGUCAACCAAGCUGGUACCAUUAUUUGCAACUGAGGUUUUGUUUUUACAUUUCUUAAAUUUUGCAUAUCUGCAUCUAAUAUAGAAAAUUGUGCAUUGUUUUAUUAAAUGCAAAGGUUGGUGCUUUAUUUUUGGGUACAGAGGAUGAUGUCUGUACUGAGUUGUGAUAUUUGAAUAAAAAUGGUGACACACAAUG